GUCAUGUAUACAGUGUUGCUCACCGGCGUAAUCCGGCGUUUAUGCAAUUGUUGUGAACUAUCUUCACGUAGCUAUCUGUGUCUAAAGACGUCUGUUUUCUAUGCUGAUUUCUCAGCGCCAUGAUGAAGUUGUGAUUGAGCGAAUCAUUAUCUAUCGUGUGCGGCUACAGUAAAGAUCAUUGAUGGGAUUUGGCGGUAUUCUCCGUUACGUAUAGUGUAGGAGAAACGAUCAUAUAUUAUGGCGCUCCUGGGUGGAUGCGUUUAGCAACCGUAAUAGCCCGGUGACCUUUCUGUUCUCAGUCGAUAUGACGGCUCCCGUUAUUGAUCCAUUUUAUACCCAUCUUUACGACACCUGUAAUGAACGUUUAAAGGCGGUGGAAGCGGCUUUGGCUGAAGUCUCGGCAAAGCAGAAGCAAAGUGAAGACGACGAAACUGCUGCCGGUGAUGUCAGUUCAGCAAACGUGUCAAACGUGCUGCAGUCCAGUGAAUUUCAACAGGCUGUGGACAGAGCUAUCUCUGCCCGUUUGCAGCAAGAGUUCCAGAUGGCUGCCGGCUCAUCGACACCUCCCGAGACUCAGUCAGCCGCGCCUGUGUUGACGCAAACGUUUGUACGGGGAGGCGCUGCUGGUGCCCGUGGAGGCCGUGGUCGCGGUGGCCGAGGUCGUGCUCGUGGACGUGGCCGUGGUGGUACACGCAACGGCGGCAAUGGCGAAUCCCGCAAACCGGCUGUGACGGUUGAACGGAACCAAGACGACAAGUCGCGGUGUGAUUUCUGCGGUCGGCAAGGUCACCAAGAAAGCCGGUGUUGGGAUCGCAUGCGGGAACGUAAAGCGGCACACGCGAAGCAUGGAAAUGCUCUGCCGUCGGAAGUGGGACAUUCCCGUCGAGGACGUGGAUCCCGAGCUGCGCGUGGAAAUUGAGCGGGACUGCGUCACCAAACCUCGUCGUCCUGCCAGGAAACCGGACGAGCCCGUCGACGAAACCGAUCGCCCCGUUAUCCGGACACUUCGUACCCGGACCCUACGGGAACCCUCGCCGUAAUGCCUUGCCUUAACGCUUGCACCUCUUCUUUCAUGUAAUUUUUAUAUAGCGUUUUCCUUCAUUACGGUCAUCCAAUCGUUCAAGUUAUGUUCCGUUUCUCAAAGUGAUUGGUUUUCGCCGUGCUUCAAACUUAAGAACGGGAGUGCUGUGUGACGCAUAGUCAUGUAUACAGUGUUGCUCACCGGCGUAAUCCGGCGUUUAUGCAAUUGUUGUGAACUAUCUUCACGUAGCUAUCUGUGUCUAAAGACGUCUGUUUUCUAUGCUGAUUUCUCAGCGCCAUGAUGAAGUUGUGAUUGAGCGAAUCAUUAUCUAUCGUGUGCGGCUACAGUAAAGAUCAUUGAUGGGAUU